UGUUUGAUUUUGCCUGUGUGACUAUGGAUUAGUAUGCAGGGUUAGGGAGCUUACGUGCAAGCGAUGUGUAUAUAGCCCACACCUCGGAUACAUUUUAAUAGUACUUUAUAGACUCAUAGUUGUUGUUUUUUGUAAAGAUUUGAUUUCCUUUCUUUUAUAUAUAGUAAGUGACAGGCAGUUUCUUAUUGCAUUUAUUACAUUGAUGACUAUACAUGUUCAGACAUUUAUCUGUUGCCGUCCUGAUUCUGUUCUGGAAGUAUUAGCACACUAGCUCAUUUCAGAGAAGAAUUGCCUAUUGUCUGCGGUUAACAGCAAGCAUAUGUGCUUUUCGAAAUUGAUGGGUAGAGGCCGCGCAGCACACCAUAACUCGCACUCGUCUCCGUUGGAUGACCCGGUUAGGCCCAGAUUCGUAGUUACGGUUUAUUGCCAAUAGAUGGAGCUGUGUGCGCAUUGCUGCUGAUAGUUGCGCAAUCGACAGUGUGAUAGCGACGCAGCGCACAACUCGUGUACAUCCAGCGGUCAAAGAAAUUGCGAAGUCGGUUUAGCAGCUGCGUUGAUAUUUACUAUUCUGAGAGGUUAUUGUUUGUGAAGAAGAAUUUCCAUGUGGUAAUAGAUAUGAGUAAAGAUGGUGGGACAUAUGAUUACCAACCAGCAGGUAUCACUCCAAUGCAAUAUCAUUUCACAAAGGGGACCUCCACCACCACAACACAGACCCGAAGAUUACAGCCGAGCGAACUAUCACCAACCUUCGCCCUACCACCAGGUCCGGCAAGCAGUUCCUAUACAGAUACCGGGUUCUGCCAUCGGCUCCCAUGACAUGAACGCGCAACAGCUCGCCGCUCAGGCCAUGCAAGGGUCGACGCCGCCGCAGGGCCCCAACAUGGUUACCUCCAGCCAGGCGAGCAACCAGAUGUACCAACAGCAGCAGAUGCAGCGGCCACCGUCGAACACAAACGCGUAUUAUACGUCAAGGCAACAAGCGAUGGGCCCACGGCAACAGAUGCAGGCUCCUGGUGGGCCAGGGAUACAGCAGCAACAGAUGUACCCUGGCCCACAGCUGUUACCUGGCCAGGCCAUGGUACCCCAUUCAUUUUUCUAUAUGAACAAUCCACAGCCAGGAGUAGCAUUGCAAAGACCUGCUUCCUAUCCGAGUCAGCAACAGCAGCAGCAGCAGCAGCCCAAUUUUCUACAAGGAACCGGACCAUCAUUUAGCCAAUAUCAAAGUCAAAUGGGUCAGCCUGGCACAUCUCAGGGUGUGGACUACUAUAUGCCUACAGGCAGUAUGCCUACAAGUGGCGCUACCAUCCUCACAAACCAGUCCCCUGCUAGUCAACCGGCAGGUAGGUUGGCGGCAACCCAAUUAUACUACUCACAGCCACCGCAGCCACAACAGCAGCAACAGAUGCCACCACAGCAGCCCUCCAGGCCACCGUCCGUGACUCAGGCUGCGACUUCCAUGCCCCACCGCACAAAGAAACCUUUAUCUAUAGUCGAUCCAGACACUGGUAGAGAUGUCAUGGGAGAGAUUUCAGACAUACAGGGUGGUAGUGGUGGUGGUAGUCGUGGAAGCAGUGGACGGCCUACUCCACCACCUUCAUUGUCUGCCUCAGGCGGUUCCAGCCAGCGUAACACACCGCCACUUGCCACGCAGCAUCCUCCCGGAGCACCCCCUGCCAAAGCAGCGCCAGACGUUGCAUCUCAAUUUGCACGACAAGUUGCAGCAACUCUAGCUGACGACUACCCGACUACUAUGAUUAAUACCGGUCUACCCAUGGAGAUCAGCAGCAGUGAAGCAGAGACUAGUGGUCUGGCUGUAAAGGAGCCACCGUUACCUGCGCCACCUAUGCAAAAAACUGCUGAGGUUGAGCCAGCACCUGCGGUGCUAGAAGCCCCGCCUGCUGCUGCUGCCCCCACAGAGAAACGCAUGGCUCCCAUGACAGUUGCCAUGUCUAAUCCAGAUGUGUGCAUUGUCACGGCAGAAACAAAGGUGGUGCCAAAACAAGAAAUAGCCGCAAAGCCGGCGGUUUCCGAGUUCAGACAGGAGGUUCCACUGGCACCUCCAAAGAAGGAAGAGUGCAUGGUGGCUGCUAAAGCAGACCUGAAACCAGAGCGAACGCAGAAACAGGAGGUAACACAAAAGCAAGAGCCACUGCAAAAGCAGGAGCCACUGCAAAAGCAGGAGCCAGUGCUUAAGCAAGGUGUACCUGACACAGCACCAUGUAAACAAGAGACUGUGGCGUCGACUGUUUCACAGAAAUCCGAGUCUCCAGUUGCACCGCCGAAACAGGCGACGUUAGUGCCUGCACCAUGCAAACCGGAAACACAGAAGGAGGAAAUGCCUACGGCGCCGAAACAAGAAGCACCAGUAACUUUCGUAGAAGAAACUUCGGUACCUUCUGUAAAGGAAGUGUCUUUGCCAGCCACACAGCAAGUGUCUUCACCAGUCGCGCAGGUGUCUUUGUCCGUCGAACAGGUUGAGGUGGCUGCAGUGACUCCUGUGCUGUCAGUACAGAAAUCAGAGCUGGUGGUGAAAGAACAGGCCGAGCCAGUAGCUGCGAUCCCUGAAACAGCCGAGCAAAAGGUCGCUGAGCCACCUGUCGUCGCACCCGUUGUCACCAAGGAAUCGGAAGGUGUAAAGCCAGAAGCGGUUUCUAGUCAGAUAGAUACCUGUGAAGCUUCGGAUGUGAAGCUACCGGAGCAGGAGGAUGAGCCAGCAGCUGCCGUAGCUCCUGCUCCCCAGAAGGAACUUGUUCCUGAGAAGGACAUAGUAACAAAAUUACCAGAAGCCAGUGAUGAAGUAAGGCCUUCAGUGAAGGCAGCAGAAGAGAAAAGUGCUGAAGCUGUGACGAAGCCAGCUGAACCAGCCAAGCCGAGCACAGCAAGGAAUGAGGAGGAAGCUGUGGUGCCAUCUGUUGGAAAGGAUAGCACCAUACCUGAUAAUGUGCCAAGCAAGAGUCCUUCAAUAGAAAAAGAUGAUGAGAAUGAAUCUUUUGAAGCGAAAGACUCUAACAAGAAGAAUGGCGGCAAGGCACGUAGCCGUGAUCUAAAGAAGGGGGCCGGAUCCAAGGAUGGAGGAGACGAGAUGGAUGCAUUCCGAGUCAAAGAUAGCGAAGCGAGAGUAUCUUCUCCUGCACCUGUCGAGAAACCCAGUGCAGAGGAUGUCGUCAAGAAGGAGCCAGAGCCGGCUUUGCAGGGGCCUGUUCUUGCACACAAGCCCCUCUCUGGACGCCAGAGCAUAGAACAGAUUAAGCCGCAGACUGUUCAACCGGAGAAGCCUGCGCUCAACCGCGUAGAUGAAAAGGUUGCUGAGAAAAACUUAGAGAAUAACAUGAACGGUACAGCGGAGUCUGCAGGCGGAGAUGAGGAGAUAAAGUCUAAACCUGUGAUUGGCGGACCGAAGUAUGAAUAUCAGGACGGUCAAUGGAGUCCGAUGAACAAGUCUGGGAAGAAAGCAUACGAUAGAAGCUUUCUCGUCCAGUUUCAAUGGGAACCACCAUGUGUUCAGAAACCUGACGGCUUACCGAGCAUUGAAAUCAUCAAGGAUACGCCAAAUAAAAGAAGCACUGCCAUUGAUGGUGUGCGCAACCCACCGUCGUUGAUACGUGGCGGAGGAGGCUUCAACCCCAGUGGCAGCUCAGCAGACUUUAUAAUACCUGGCUUCAUGAAGUCUUCACCAAGAGUGCAUCAGGGUCCAAGCAGUGGGGGUAAUGGAAGCAUGGGUAGGCGACCAAGCCAGCAGAGAGGAAAGGUGCAAAAGGUGAUCAGCAUCUCACGCUCUAUUAAUGAAGAUGUGAAGCUGCAUGAGUCUCGAACAGCAUGGAAACCUUCGCAUAAGGUCGCGAAAGAUGAAGACCCAGAGGGGUUGAAAACUGAGGCAUUGUACAAGGUUGUGAGGAGCAUUCUGAACAAGCUGACUCCACAGAAGUUCAAAACCCUUGUUCAGCAAGUUAAUGAACUUAGCAUAGAUACAGAAGAAAGACUAAAAGGUGUUAUAGAUCUUAUCUUUGAAAAGGCUGUGUCCGAGCCAAAUUUCAGCACACCUUAUGCGACUAUGUGCAAGUGCCUUAUCCUGGUAAAAGUUCCAUCUGAGAGUGGCCCUGACGUGAACUUCCGCAAGGUCUUGUUGAAUCGUUGCCAGAGGGAGUUUGAGAAGGACAAGUCAGAUGAGUUGGAAUGGGAGAAACGACAGGCCAAGAUAGCAGAAAUUACUGAUGAGCAGGAAAAGAAGACUAUGCAUGCGGAGUUGGAGCUAGAGAUGUCAAAUGCAAGACGACGGUCCCGAGGAAACAUUAGGUUCAUUGGCGAGUUGUUCAAGUUGAAGAUGCUCACCGAUCUUAUCAUGAAUGAUUGCAUCGACAAGUUGCUCAAGUCCGAUACAGACGAGGAUGCCCUCGAGUGCCUGUGCCAGUUGCUGUGCACCAUUGGCAAAGAGCUAGACAAUGCUGCCAAGAAUAAGGAACUCAUCGAACGGUACAUAAGUCAAAUGGCAAGCAUUGUUAAAUCUAAAAAGGUUUCAUCAAGGCUCGUGUUUAUGCUGCAAGAAGUGAUUGAACUUAAAUAUUCCAACUGGGUGCCACGACGUGUGGAAAAUGCACCCAUGACAAUUGAUCAAGUUCAUCUAAAUUAUGCGAAAGAGGAACAAGAAACGCAAAUGGCAAUUCAACAGGCUGCCACAGCCAAGCGCGAUGACCAUUCGAGGAGGAGGGUGUCACAGCAAACUGGUCCUAGACCUUCUGGUGAUGAUGGAUGGACUGCAGUCACAGCAAAGACGUCAAGAGUCCCGAUUGAUCCAACUAAAUUGAAAUUUUCUAGGACUAAUACGAUGGAUGAGCACAUUCAACUGGGACCUGGAGGUCUGCGUCCGGCUGCUGCUUGGGCCAGGGGCAGCAGUGGUGGCACCAAGGCUAGCACACCAGAGAGUGAGUCUCGGGCUUUCACUCCCGCCAACCGCUUUUCCGCACUCAGCAGUGACAACGUGAGACCUGACGACAGGAGCGACAACAGGCCCAGAAUUAGUGGGAGGUUGUCUGGCAGACGUGAGGAUAAAUCGAGAGACAGGCUGCCACCAACUCAGCCACUUCGCAAGUUUUCGGCACCGCCUAGUGCUGCACCCCUCCGAGACAGGGAAAGAGAUGCUGCGAUAGCUGCUGUCAAGAGCUUGCAACGACCUGGCAGUCGUUCACAGAGCAGAGAAGGCAGUCGUAGCAGAGAAGCAGAAAUACUCGAACACGAGCCUACCGUCGUGGCUCCAGCAAAGGAACUUAAUGAAGAGGAUGUGGAGAAGAAAACUGUAGCUAUGCUUGAUGAGUACUUGCAUAUCAAUGAUCUAAAGGAGGCUGUGAAGUGUGUAGAGGAGCUGGGAGCUUGUAAUGCACACAUGGACUUCGUCGUGUCAGUGUCGCUUAACCACGUUUUGGAUCGGUCAGUGGUAGCUCGCAACCACAUCGCAAUGCUGCUGCGAGACCUCAUAAAGAAGGGCAUCCUUUCUCCUCCGAUGUACAUUAAGGGUCUGUCCGUGGUAUUAGACAGUGCUGAUGACAUUUCAAUGGACAUCCCACACAUCUGGGGCUACUUGGCAGAACUGAUUAGUCCCAUGGUGCUGGAUGGCACGCUGCCCUUGGGUUUCCUGAAAGAGGCCUGCAAACCACUUGUGGAAUGCAGACGUGCAGGAAAGUUGGUUUCAGAGGUGCUGCACAACGCAUCCCACCUAAUGGGCGGGGCUAAGCUUGGAGAACUGUGGAGGAGUUCUGGACUUCAGUGGAGUGAUUUCCUGGAUCCUAGUGAAAAUGUCGAGGAGUUCCUACAGAGGAGUAAGCUUGAAUUUAUGGCGCCCAACUCCGAUUCGAGAGUGGCUAAGCUUGACAUGACUAUGGAGCAGAUUGGCGAAGAACUGCAGAAAUUUUUACACCAGUCCCCCGACAACGAAGCGGUCUUCGACUGGAUAGAGAGCCGUGUACCGGAGGAAAAGACGAAAAGCAAAGAAUUCAUUCGUGCUCUUGUAACAGCCGUGUGCCACAGCGUCAUUAAAGAUGAUAACAAAGGGAUAGCAAAGGCUGACCCUGAUUUACUGAAGAAGAGAGGUGUGCUUCUACUCCGCUUUAUGGAUCACAAGGAGGAACGCGAACUGCAGGCCCUCUACGCCAUCCAAGCACUCGUACACAAGCUGUCGCACCCAUCUGGCUUGUUCCUGGCCAUCAUCGACACUGUAUAUGAUCUGGAGGUGGUCUCUGAAGACGCAUUCAACCAGUGGGAAGCCAACGACGAACCUGCCGAACAGGAGGGCAAGGCAAUUGCACUCAAAUCUGCCGUGCAGUUCUUCACGUGGCUUCACGCCGAGGGUCAGUUGGACGAAAGUUGACCACAUUGUGGAUAGAUGCGCUAAGAAUUACCUGCAUGCUUUUUGCCUGCACUUAUGAACAGGUCCGACGGCCAAGCUUCGUGUCGUGGUGGAGGUAGUGUGAGUGGCAGGUGUCACCCACCCUUUGCUCCUGAUUUUACAGCCAAGGUGGCAUUAUUUAAUGGUAAAGGUGCUACGGUUGGGAUGAUGACGACAAUGACGACGACAAUGCUGACGAUGAAAAUAAUGAUCAUAAUGGUGAUGACGAUGUGCAGCACAACUGCUUUGGUGGUGGCUUAGUGUUGCUGAGGAGUGCAAGGCAACAAAAGCUGAUUGUGCAAGCAAACCA